AUGAUGCAAGGUCUGCACUCUUUCGGAGGAAGCUUAUCACAGUUUGCUGCUCCUAUCUUGACGACGUACUUAUUCCGUCAUUCCGGUUACAAGUACAUCAUGGUCACGCAGAUUGGAACUAUAGGAUUUGCAUUGCUGCUGGUGAUAGUAUUUUAUAACCGGCUGGUACCACUGAAGCUACGACCUGAUCCAGGAAAAGCUGCCAAAUACAAGGACGGCGUAUUCUACACCAUGUAA